CGCACAGUGUGCUUUUGCAUUCGCAUGCAUCACCGUUCAAGCUAUUCGAUCGAAAAAUGUGUCUUCCGCUAUAUUUAAGUGCGACUACACGCACUGUUUUUACAAGCUUUCGCCUAUAGGAGGUAGAAGGUUGGGCGUUAAGUUGUGUAAGCGUAAUUCGGACUAGUAAUCGGAAAAUUCCAUGGACCUGUGAAUCAACUAAACGGAAACCGCAUUGUUAAAUUCCUUGGCCGCAGAUGGUCAUCGUGGCGAACUCAUCUGAUUUCCAUUGAUUGUAUUUAUAGUGCCCUCCAGUUUAUUUUUGUAUGCCGUUCCUUUGAGAAAAAGAUGCGCCUAUCCGCUGGCUGACAGCGUUUCUCGCAUCUGUGGUGGUUUGUCUUCUUGUACGGUGAAGGACCUGGAUCCAUCUAGCUCAAGUCCCUGAUAUUCUAGCAAAACACAGAUAUUAGAACACUGAAUACAAAAUGGAGUCUGCUAUAGCUGGACGUAGGCGGACAACCGCACGACAUUCAGCAGAGGAUCAGGCUCUCGAUCAGAUAGCCAAGGAGGCAGAAGCUAGAUUAGCCGCUAGAAGACAAGCAAGAGCAGAAGCUAGAGAAAUACGAAUGAGGGAGUUAGAAAGACAGCAGAAAGAGGCAGAAGAGAAUGCAGAUAGAGUUUAUGACAUGUGUUCAGCCGAUGUGAAUAGAACAAUGAGAGUAACACCUGAUUCUGUAAGGACAUCACGUCUUCUUACAAAUUCUAAUAACUUCCAGUCCAGUCGUAGAUCUUCUGAAGAUUCACUGGAAGAUGCUGGCCUAAGCAGAGAUCUCAGGUUAGAGUUAAAAGAAUUUGAAGAAAAAUUUAGAAAAGCUAUGAUAGCUAAUGCUCAGUUAGACAAUGAAAAGUCUUCAUAUGCUUAUCAAGUCGAUUUAUUAAAAGAUAAAUUAGAAGAACUGGAGGAAACAGUUGCACAACUUCGUAGGGAACUUAGAGAAAAGAAUCGAGAAUCCGAGCAGUUAAAGAGACUCAGUCAAAGACUAAAAGACGAGUUAGAUGUAUGCCAUGCACAAUUAGUAGAAAGAGAUACGCUUAUACAAGAAAAUGGUUUAGUUAUUAUCGAUGAUGAAGGAAGUGAAAAUGAGGAUAACGAUAUUGAGAACGGUCCACGUCCGAGACGAAGAGUACUAGUCAGUACAGAAGCAGCAGAACUACUACAAAAUGCUGGAAAGGGUUCAUUAGAUGUCCGGCUGAGAAAAUUUGCAUCUGAGAAAAAAGAAUUGCAAGACGAGAUACGACAUUUAAGAUUGGAACUAGAGGAGACGAGAAAUCGUAUUAGGUCCGAGAGAUCGCCUGGUUCAGUAUUAGGUUGUUUAUCAGACUCCGAAGAUGUGCAACGAGAAGCAAACAAACUCCUGGCCGAUUACAAAUUCAAGCUUCAAAAAGCUGAACAAGACAUGUCCACUUUGCAAGCCACUGUAGCCAGGCUAGAAAGUCAAGUAAUACGUUAUAAGUCAGCAGCAGAGGCGUCUGAAAAGGCAGAGGAUGAAUUGAAAGUAGAAAAGAGGAAAUUGCAAAGAGAAGUUAGAGAGACUCAAGGCCGGGUAGAAGAAUUGGAGACGGCAAAUUCUCAUUUACAGAGGCGAUUGGAUAAACUUAAAAACGCUAAAUCUGCCCUGUUAAAAGAGCUUUGACGAGACGAUUUCUUGGAACCUGUACAAUGAAUCUGCCAUUUUUUUUUUUUUUU